AUGGCGUCCGACCUUCCUCCAAAUAAAAGUGGUGAGAAUCCUGAGUCCCCGGCCCAGGCUCCGCAGGAAGAACCCAUAUCCGUGCCCAAAUGGCGAAGUAUAUCGCCUUCUUCGUCGGCGGAAUCUGCCGAGAACAAACUGCGCACCGCGUCCGACGUGAUCAAUCGUCUGCUCUGGGAUCCCACUUUCGAUCACAGCAACUUUGUGAUUGGCUAUGAGGAUCGAUUCGAGGGACGCCUGGAGGCCAGCUUGGGGUCGUGGAAGAAGGACCUGACGGACGAGGAGUUUAUUCCGCAGCAUCGCAUCCUGUACAUCAAGCGCCGCGAUGGUGAGAUCGUGUGGGAUCGCCGACGGCGCAUCGACACCAUCUUCUACAGUGGAAAUUCUGCCUUCCGCGAGUUGGCCUUUCUGGCUUAA